CUCUCUUCAAAACAGAGUUGUAUUUAUUAUUAUUAUUAUUAUUAUUAUUAGUACUAUUAAUAUUAUUUUGGUUUUUGCGAAGUUAACAAUUCGGUGAAGAUCCGGUAGUUAAUCCAACGCUCCGUGCGCGCCGCGCUUCUGCAGGCCGACGAACCCCCUUUUCGUCGGCCGCGUGCUCAGAGACGACAAACGUUUCCCUCCGAAAAAAAAAAAUAAAAAAAAAAACAUAAGAAUAUCGACAAUUCAACAGCACUCAAAAUCCUCUAAUCCCUGUUUCUUGUCGUUACCUAACACUUGUUUUAUCCUGCAAGUGUAUAUAUAAAUAUGUAUUCACAUCCAAACUUUUUAUUACUCCUGAUCGGUAAACGUUCUCCACCGAUCGUUCUCUCUAAUAACUAAAGACCCAAAUAAAACCUUCGAUCACUCUGUUAUUAUUAUUAUUAUUAUUAUUAUUAUUAUUUUGAAUUUAAGCCAUGUGCCAUCCGAAGAAGGCCACGUCAUCACCAAACGAGCAACUGCUGACUGCGCCGAUUAUCGGCAAGCUGAAGCCGUCGCCCGCGGCGGCGGCUUUCGCGGAGGCGGGGGCCAUUCUGGGGCAGGCGGUUCCGAUGAUCCUGACGGGGCUGAUUUUGUAUCUGCGGUCGAUGAUCUCCAUGCUCUUCUUGGGCCGGCUGGGCGGGCUGGCCCUCGCGGGCGGGUCCCUGGCCAUCGGCUUCGCGAACAUCACCGGCUACUCCGUGCUCUCCGGGCUGGCCAUGGGCAUGGAGCCCAUCUGCGGGCAGGCCUUCGGCGCCGGCCGCCACUCGAUGCUGGGCCUCGCCAUGCAGCGCACCACUCUUCUCCUGCUCUGCUCCUGCCUCCCCGUCGCGGCGCUCUGGGCGUACAUGCGGCCGCUCCUCCUGCUGUGCGGGCAGGACGAGGCCAUCUCCGCCGCGGCCCAGACCUACAUUCUCUACUCCCUCCCGGACCUCGUCCUGCAGUCCUUCCUCCACCCGCUCCGCAUUUACCUCCGCGCGCAGUCCGUCAACCUGCCGCUCACCUUCUGCGCCGCCGCCGCCAUCGUCCUCCACUUCCCCGUCAACUACCUGCUCGUCUCCGUCCUCCGCCUCGGCAUCAGGGGCGUCGCGCUCGCCUCCGUCUGCGCCAACCUCAACCUCGUCCUGCUGCUCCUCGCCUACGUCCACCUCUCCGGCGUGCACAAGCGCACGGGGGGGUUCGCGCUCUCCGCGGAGAGCUUCAGAGGGUGGGGCCCGCUCCUCGCGCUGUCGCUGCCCAGCGCCGCGAGCGUCUGCCUGGAAUGGUGGUGGUACGAGAUCAUGAUCCUGCUCUGCGGCCUGCUCGCGGACCCGCAGGCCACGGUCGCGUCGAUGGGGAUCCUCAUCCAGACCACGUCGCUCAUCUACAUAUUCCCCUCGUCGCUCAGCUUCGGCGUGUCCACGCGCGUCGCCAACGAGCUCGGCGCCAACCGGCCCCACCGCGCGCGCCGCGCCGCCAACGUCGGGCUCGCGUGCGGCUUCGCGCUGGGCUUCGCGGCGCUGAGCUUCGCCGUGUCGGUGCGGCGCGUGUGGGCGCGCAUGUUCACGGCCGACGCGGCGAUACUGCAGCUCACCGCGUCGGCGCUGCCGAUUCUGGGGUUGUGCGAGCUCGGCAACUGCCCGCAGACCACCGGGUGCGGCGUCCUCCGCGGCAGCGCGCGGCCCAAGGUCGGCGCCAACGUCAACCUGGGGUCGUUCUACGCGGUGGGAAUGCCGGUCGCCGUGGGGCUCGCCUUCUGGGCGGGGCUCGACUUCCGGGGGCUGUGGCUCGGCCUGCUCUCGGCGCAGGCCGCCUGCGUCGUGCUCAUGCUCGCCGUCAUCAAAACCACCGACUGGGACGCGCAGGCCGACCGCGCGCAGGCGCUCACGGGGGCCGCCAGUGACAGCGGCGGCGCCGCAUUUCUGGGAAGCGAUGAGAAAGAGGCCCUGCUGCAGCCGAAGCCUGCCGCAGUCGGAGGCGACGAGAAAACUAGCUUGGUGAUUACCAUACAAACUGACCCAUCAAGUUAAAGCUUUCCCCCAAUUGAUUAACUAAAAUUUGAAUCACUUUUAGAGUUAAACCGGUGCCUUACAUACAAAAUCUUUUCAGAUACUGCUGAUGAGUCAGCACGAGAAAGCAUUACCCUUAUUUUUUUUGUGCAUUCUAAAUUCUCUAAUUUCUUUGGUACUCGUUUUUUACAUUUUUAUUGUUAUUUUUAUUUUUACAAAUUGUUGCACUUCCCUUGUAACAAGUUGUGGGUAAUUACAAUGAAAACGAGAAAGAGUUACCACGAGGUUCGUUUUACACACACACACAAAAAAAAAAAAAAAAAAAGUCUAAAUUGUCAUUUUAGUAAAGUGCUUACAUUGACCAGCUAGUUAGGGGGAAGAGGAGGAGAACGAGGGCAAUUUGUAUUACAUUACGACCGGAUUGGGUGCGUUUUGUGCUCUGUUCGUCUCUUCGGGGCGCUCGCCGUCUACAAAAGCCGGCAGCGUGAAGAAUCCGUCGCCGGCUUUCGAAGUCGUCCCCGGUCUUCCCACAGCGCCCCCCCCGUUUGAGACAAGUCGGCUUCAACGUAGUGGGUGGAGAUCUGCAAACGACCCCCUCCUUCAUUGGCUAUUUCGAAAUGGGUCCCUCAAUUUUACACACUUUUUUAGAUUCUCCCUAAUUUAUUCCUGUGGUAUUUAGAAAAGCACAUGUCAACAUUGAAAUUAAUAAUA